AGUUUGCCGACGUCACGGCUGGAGCUGCCCUGUCACGCGCUGUUAGUAAAAGUUGGGAUUGAAGCUCGAGACUGAGAGAGACGAUCCCCUAAUCACCCUGUCAUCGUCAUCGUCAAACAAACACACCAUCAAAGAGAACUGAGAGAAAAAAAACAACCGACAAUAACAACAGCCUUACCACGAGUAAAAGUCGACGCAAAGAAAGAAAAACAACAAACCGGCAUUCAUUACAAUAAUAUUAAUACUAAUUAAAAAGAAAAAAAAAAAGUCUUGGAACAGAAGCACUCCCGGGAUCAAGGCUCAAGUAUUUGAAAUUUUUUUUUUUACGCUGGCUUCUCGUCCACGAAACUACAUUUACUAUUAGAAAUUUACAGCCACAACUUUCUGUUUAAAUGUUGUGAAGUGAGGACAGGUUUAAAAAAAACGCCGGCGUUGAGAGUGACACUGUGAACCGGUCGCUUAAGCGAUGAGUACUGCAAAUUGCAGCGGCAGUGACGAGCUGGACUUCAGACUGAUGUUCGGGGAGGAUGGGCAGCAGCCACCGCUAGGCCCCGCAGAUCUAGAACCAGAUGACUGUGCAUCAUUUUACAUCUUUAACGGUGACCAGUCUCAGUCUGUUGUCCACCAGCCCAUAGGCAUCCCUCGCCAUGGAAUGCAGUCACACUCUCCCAUCAUUUCACCUCCACCUAGGCUACAGGCGCACAAGAACUAUGAGGGGUCUUGUGAUAUCCAAGAAUCCAGAUACAGUCCAAUGGGCGGUCCCAAAGCCUUUGAGUGCCCUAGUAUUCAGAUAACCUCCAUCUCCCCAAAUUGUCACCAUGGAAUAGAGGCAAACGAUGGCGAGCUACAAGCAGGUGGUUCAGAUAAUGAUUACCAUGAAAGACCUUUAUCAAGGGACCACCUUUAUCUUCCUCUUGAUCAUUCUUACAGGGAUUCCUCCUUAAGUCCUAGUCCCGCUAGCAGUAUUUCUUCCAGGAGCUGGUUCUCGGACGCUUCCUCAUGCGAGUCAUUCUCUCACGUGUACGAUGACGUAGACUCUGAGCUCAAUGAAGCUGCUGCCAGGUUUAAUAUCGGGUCUCCCUUGGCCUCUCCGGGUGGAUCACCAAGGGGCUGCGUGGGAGACGAGUCCUGGCAGCCAACCUAUGGGUUUGGUCAUUCUUUGUCUCCGAUGCAAUCUCCAGGCCAUUCGCCUAGAACCAGUAUCACUGAUGAAAACUGGUUGAGCCCUAGGCCACCUUCAAGACCAUCCUCAAGGCCAACUUCCCCCUGUGGCAAAAGGCGGCACUCCAGUGCUGACAUCUGCUACCCUGGCUCUCUCUCUCCCCACCACUCCCCGAGUCCCUCCCCAGGACACUCACCCAGAGGCAGCGUGACAGAAGAUACUUGGAUAAGCAAUACAUCUCUUCACAGCGGACAGGGCCAUAGCCCUGGAAUAGCGCCAUUUCAGUGCUGCCCUUCUGAGGCAGACAUCCCCUCCAAAACCAGGAAGACCUCUCAGGACCAGACUGCCACACUGUCCGGGAAAGUGGAGCAAUGUCUGGAUGAUCCUGGAAACAUGUCACCGUCCCUAGGGUCCCCAGUAGAUGAUGCUCAGCAUCUACUGAAGAAAGACGGGCCUGGGGAACAGUUUCUUUCUGUUCCGUCACACUUCACUUGGAACAAACCAAAACCAGGCCAUACUCCCAUCUUUCGCACAUCCUCAUUGCCACCAUUAGAUUGGCCUUUACCAAACCAGUUCGGUCAGUAUGAGUUGAAGGUUGAGGUUCAUCCCAAAGCUCAUCACAGAGCACACUAUGAAACGGAAGGAAGCCGAGGAGCGAUAAAGGCAGCUUCCGGAGGGCACCCGGUAGUAAAGCUUUUCGGUUACAAUGAAAAGCCAGUCAAUCUACAGAUGUUCAUUGGAACAGCUGAUGAUCGCUACUUAAGACCACAUGCCUUCUACCAGGUGCACAGAAUCACUGGGAAAACUGUGGCUACAGCUAGCCAGGAAAUCAUCAUUGCCUGUACAAAGGUUCUCGAAAUUCCUCUUCUACCCGAAAACAACAUGUCAGCCAGCAUUGACUGUGCAGGAAUUUUAAAGCUUCGGAACUCGGAUAUAGAACUCCGGAAAGGUGAGACCGACAUUGGCAGGAAGAAUACCCGAGUGAGAGUCGUGUUCCGUGUGCACAUCCCACAACCCAGUGGCAAAGUCCUGUCUCUUCAGGCUCCAUCCAUUCCUGUAGAAUGUUCACAACGAUCGGCCCAGGAGCUGCCGCAGAUUGAGAAAUACAGCCUGAACAAUUGCUCAGUCAAUGGAGGAGAAGAAAUUAUUGUAACUGGUUCCAACUUUUUUCCAGAGUCUAAAGUAAUAUUUCUGGAGAAGGGACCAGAUGGACGGCCUCAGUGGGAAGUGGAUGCAAAAAUAAUACGGGAGAAAAGUCAAGGGUCUACUAUUGUCGUUGAGGUUCCCCCCUACCACAGUAAGACAGUCACAUCUGCAGUCCAGGUGCAGUUUUAUGUGUGUAACGGCAAGAGGAAAAGAAGCCAAUCUCAAAGAUUUACAUACUUGGCAGUUUUAAUUAAACAGGAGCACAGAGAGGAGUUGGAUUUGCCUGCAGUUCCUUCUAUCUCCAUCCCAAUGACUCAUCCUGCCAUUGUACCGGGUCUUCAUCCAGUCAGGACACAGCUGCCGUCACCUGACCAAGGGCAUCCUCAUGAAAGUAUGCACUCUACUUCACCAAGGGGCCUUGUCCCUUCAAUGCAGCAGCGUGCGCCAUAUGCACCUAUGGUCACCACUGUUGUCCAACAUAUGCCUCAUAUUCAUGGCAGAAACAUCAGUGCAGGCUCAGAUUGCCAGAUGAUCAGUCCCCCCAUGGUGCACCAGACUUUCCAGGCAUCGCCAGCUCCACCCAUGAGACCAUCCUACCAGCCUAUGCAAGCAAACUUGAUGUACAAUGGACAAUCCGGUCUUCCAAUCAACUCUAUCUCACCACAGGGAUACGAAAGAAUACCCUUUCAGCCCGAUUCAGCUGUGUCUCAUCCUUUGAGUCUUGGGUGCCAGCCAGUGGCAUACCACUCUCCGAACCCAGGCUCCACGUCCACAUCUCCUCCCACUGCAGGGCACCCACUGGCUCACCCAUCUCAUUCUGGACAGCAUGCCCCUCACUUGCAGUCAAUUGGUUACCAUUGCGCGAAUGCGGGUCAGGUCUCUUCCCCAACAGCAGCCCACCCGGGGCUGGGGCAGCCAUCGCCUCAGCUACAGCCAAUGUCCUACCACUCUUCAAACCAGAGGUCUGCCUCGUCUCCUUCUCCAACAACCCCACACCCCAUGGUGCACUCCCCUCAUUCUGGACCCUCCUCCCCUCAGAUGCAUCCAUUGCCAUACCAGUCGCCCAACUGUAGGCCUGCUUCCUCUCCCUCACCAACGUCCGCCAACCCCAUUGUUCACCUGGCACACUCUGGGCAGCCCUCACCACAGGCACACAGUCCUGGAAUGGCAGGUCUCUCCGGGCCCAACCUGGACAUAAAGGAGGAAUCCGAUGAUGGAGAACUUGCCUUCCGGUCCAUCGGCCUGCAGGACAUCACGCUUGAUGACGUCAAUGAAAUCAUAGGAAGAGACAUGUCACAGACCCCUGCCUCCCACAGGGUGUCUGGAGAUGGGAAUUCAUGAUGGAAUUGCGACAGCAGCAGCAGUCACCUGGUCCGAGUGGCAGAUUCUCCAGCUGAAUUCAAGCUACCUAUGUUUCCUGAGCCACGUCCUCCUCUACUGUGCUUCCAAUUCAGUGGCCUUUACGAACUGGAACAUUCACUCCCUGCUUUGUAUAUACUGUAUUAAAGACUUGAUCUGAGA